ACCGAUUCCAGUAUCAGCCCACGAACAUGAUGCGCUCCAGCCCAUCUACACGCCCAAUAUGUGCGCAAUGUCUCGGCCGCAAUCGAUACUUCUCCACGACCAUCCAGCGUUGCGCCCCACGAUCCACCACUCCGAACCCACCCUCCCCGCCAGCGACCGGAUAUGCACGUCUCACAAACCGCGGAUUAAUCUCCAUAACGGGCAUAGAUAGCACCUCAUAUCUCCAAGGCUUAAUCACCCAGAACAUGCUCAUCACGAACGACCCGAACCGUGCAACCCGUCGAACUGGCUCCUACACUGCUUUCCUGAAUUCCCAAGGCCGAGUGCUCAACGACGCUUUCCUCUACCCACUACCCCAGGCAGAGGGCGCUUCACCGGACGAACAUGCAUGGCUGGUGGAAGUGGACAAGAACGAAGUCACGACUCUCCUGAAACAUCUCAAGAAACACAAGCUUCGCGCGAAACUGAAGCUACGUGCACUAGAUGAGGGAGAACGGACCGUGUGGGCCUCCUGGAGAGAUCAUAGUGAACCCCGGUGGGCAGCAUAUAACCUGGAUUCUCAGUCACUUUCGCCCUUUGCCUCGUCUUCUGCGACGGUUACUGGAUGUGUAGAUACCCGCGCACCAGGAUUUGGGUCCAGGCUCAUCACGCCGGGUGAGGGAGACUUGACGACGCAUCUGGCGGAGGGGGAGGGCGAGGGUUAUGGAGCGGAGGUGGGUCUGGGCUCUUAUACCGUGCGACGGAUGUUACAUGGCAUUGCGGAAGGGCAGUCGGAGAUAAUCCGCGAGUCCGCGCUUCCGUUGGAGUCUAACAUGGAUAUGUCGCGGGGUAUUGAUUUCCGCAAGGGAUGCUAUGUCGGUCAGGAACUUACGAUCCGGACGCAUCAUACCGGUGUUGUGAGGAAGCGUAUACUGCCGGUUCAGUUGUAUAAUGGGGAUCUAGGCGACAUGGGGUCGGCCGAUAUGCCGGUGUAUGACCCCUCUGUGGAUGUGGAGUUGCCGCCAUCCGGGUCGAAUAUUUCCAAGGUCAGCGCGCGCAAGGGCCGUAGCGCGGGCAAGUUCUUGGGCGGUGUUGGAAACAUCGGACUUGCUUUAUGUCGGUUGGAGAUGAUGACGGAUGUUGCUUUGACUGGUGAGGGGACUCAAUAUAGUCCUGAUCAGGAGUUCAAGAUCUCAUGGACUGGGGCUGAAGAUGGAUCGUCUGAGUCUGGCGAGGUGAAGUUGAAGGCACUUGUGCCGGCUUGGACGAGAGAGCACAUCUACAACGGUGGAGUGAAGAAAAACCAGGGCCGUAACCUAGAGUUGGAGGGACAGCGAGCCAGGGAACUGUUGGAACAGUUGGAGGAAGAGGAGGAGUCACGAUGAAAUGAUCAACUGCGUCAACAAUGUAUCAUAGAUUAAACGUGUAAUAUAUUGUCAAAAUGAUACCGG